AUGUCCUUACAACCAGAAUCAUCCACACCUUCGCGUAAACGGUCCAAAUGGGACGAGGAGUCACCACAUGAUGUCCAGUCUCAUAAUGCUAUGAAACGACGCGUAAAGGCGAGGUCGGCAACCUCUGACACUAGCCGUCUAUCCUCCCAAACGCCCAGCAUCCCUCCAGACACGCCGCGACAGUCGCGACUGCAGCCGUCCUUUAGCCUGUUCGUGCCACCACGGACUCAUCACCCGUCGAUAACGCCUUCUCGUUCAGUUUACUGUUAUGAGCGUCUCAACCAGAUUGAGGAAGGCUCGUAUGGCGUUGUUUUCCGUGCUCGUGACAAGCAGACAGGAGAUAUUGUUGCUCUGAAGAAGCUGAAACUCGAAGAGGAGAAACAUGGCUUCCCAAUCACUGCUCUCCGAGAAGUCAAUGCACUCAUGUCUUGUAGGCACGAGAAUGUUGUGCGAAUACGAGAAGUGGUCGUCGGCGAAACGUUGACUCAAGUGUUUGUUGUGAUGGACUUCAUAGAGCACGACCUCAAAACACUCCUCACACUCAUGCCGUCUCCGUUUCUGCAGUCUGAGAUCAAGACAUUGAUGAUGCAACUAUUAUCCGCGGUCGCCCACUGUCAUACGAACUGGAUCCUGCAUCGCGAUCUAAAGACGAGCAACUUAUUGAUGAAUAACAGAGGCACAAUCAAGGUGGCAGACUUCGGUCUCGCAAGACGUUAUGGAGAUCCUGUCGGAGUCGGUGGACUAACUCAGCUCGUGGUUACACUUUGGUACAGGGCACCAGAGAUACUCCUAGGUGCAACGACGUACUCUGCCGCCAUUGACAUGUGGUCUGUAGGCUGCAUCUUCGCUGAGCUAUUGCUUAAAGAACCCCUAUUUCAAGCCAAGGGCGAAAUUGAGUUGUUAUCGAUGAUUUUCAAACUGCUUGGUCCUCCGACGAACGGCUCUUGGCCAGAUUUCUCAUCCCUACCCUUGGCUAAGACUAUUACUCUACCUCCGCCCAUCCCGCCGCAAUUUCGCCAGAGAUUCCAUUACCUUAGUACUGCUGGCCUCGACCUGCUGAUGUCGCUGCUUACUUACGAUCCUGAGCAAAGGAUUACGGCAGCAGAGGCCCUACAACAUCCUUAUUUCACUGAAUCACCACUCCCGAAGCAUCCUGACAUGUUCGGCUCGUUCCCUUCGGCUGCUGCUGGAGAAAAACGAAAGAAGCCGUUCGACAGUCCAUCGGCCCCUGCGAGAGCAGCCGACUACAAACUGCUAAGUGAGGUAGAUAUAAUGUGAUUGUUAGCAUAACCUAGUAUAUACAACCCUUGUCAAUCUUAUGACUAUGAAUCUUCCAACUGCUCAAGCACUGUCCUCAUCCGUCUGAACCUUUCCCUAGUACGUUCCAUCUCCCCGCACUUGUCAUAGAAUUCCUUGACUUCCUCAACAGUGAAUCGGUAGUCCGCUGCGAUUUCUCGUAAAGUCUGAUCAAUGACAUGUAAGCCGCCGUCUGGGGGCAUUUCCGAGCGUUGACCGAAUGAAAUCGAGCCAAGUGGUAUAGAUAUGGCUGGUUCUUCUGUCCGCCGCUUCUUGCUAGGCCCUUGCUCUUCUGGCUCUUCGCUGGCUUUGCGUUUAGCCCAUAACGGUGGAGGGUCAGCGCCUAUCCGCACGCCCCAAUCGGGGCUUUCCUCCCCGUCCUCUUCUUCGGCUGGGGAUCUCCGUGCCAGUAUGGCAGAGGUUGAUGCUGGCACAGGCACAGGGUGCAGUUCAAGAUGUUCGAGAGGCAUGUUCAUUACCAUGAGCCCCUCUCCAUGACUACCGAUAAUCUGGUCCUGAGGCUCAUCGACGGGCUUUUCGCGCUUUUUGCGGGGUCGUUUUGGCUUUUCCUCGGCCUUGCGAACGUAACCGUACUGUCCCUUUUCACCCGGAACUGGUUUCUUCUGGUCGACGAUAGCACCUAUCAUGUUGUCCAAUCGGACCGAGUUCUUUUUGUAUCGCUCCCGCCAAGAUUGCCAUGUGUGUCGAGUGACCCAAGCAAACUCGGGGUCGGCGUGCUGUUCGCAUAGUUGUUGGUACAAACGGUUACCAGUUCGCCCGCCCGUCUCCUUAUAGGGAAUUUUGGCUGCUAUCCAUUCGCAGAGGUGCAAUUCAUCUUCCUCGGUAAAUUGAGUGCGUUCUUCGCCUGGCCGUCGACCACCUGGAUUCUUGUAAACCAGUGGGGUGUAUACCAGUUGCCCUUUCUCGAUACACUUCUUGACCCACAGGUAUGACUCAAUGUAUUUGUCAGGGAUUCCUUGGUUUGACUUGACGAGGUGUUGAAACACCUCCGUGUUAGGGUCCGCAAGAAUAACACGGGCAGACUGAGCGGAGGCUGUCGGAUCCCCUCCCGAGUGCAUGAUUCGCUGACUGAGCGCGGCCCGGGCAUUGACGUUGGCGAUGCUCGGGUGAAUGUGCAUCUUAACAGGCUCUCCUUCGUGAACGAAUAUUUGCUUGAGGAGCAUUCCCGCAAUCUUGCAUGCCUCGACAUAGGUGUACGGCACGAAGUGCCGUUCUGGUCGAUCUAUGCUCGUCCAGCACAGGCGCAAGCGCUCUUCCUCUGCGGUGCCUGGUUGCACAAGGACGUGGCCUUGUCUGGGAACCUUGGACUCUACGCGGCCUCCCAGCGCCGCUAUGGUUUCACAUAGCUCGGCUUGAAUUUCC